CACAAGGGACUCCAGGACAAGUCUAACACAAGGUCAGCCCUGCGCCAGCCCGGAGAGGGCAGCUGGGAGCCCCAUAGCUAAGCAAAAUAUUGCUCCACCCAAGCUCCUCCCCAGCACUGUCCGUGGUCAGUAGUAGUUCAGGUCUGUGGUGAGGCCGCUCCGGCAUUUCCCCCAACUCUCCCUCCAUGAGAGUCCUAUUAAGAUGUGAGGCACUUGCUGGACCCCGCUGCCCACCACCCCAAGUCUUUUAGGACCAGGUUAGGCUUUCUUGCUCCUCCCCACACCACUAAUUUUGGAGGUAAUUUGGGUGGCAGCUACCCAAAGGCCACCAAAUCCGAGAGUAAAGCGUCUCACUCUGUCCCUGCAGCCCCCCAGCCUGCAGAGGGGACAGACUCUAACAAAGGCUUGUGGACGAGGCAUCCUGCAAAGGUGGAGGGACUUGGAGAAAAUGCUGCACAUUCCUGAUCGACCUGUUUCCGGCUGCUGCUUUCCUGGAUGGUUUUCUGCUCUUAGCACUUAGCAAGAAGAAAAGGAAAGAAGGAAGAGGAUUCUGGAAAUCAGGACUUGGCUCUUGGCCUGCUGUCCCUUCUCUCCUCUGCAGAUCCCCUCCGAUUUCAGAUGCAGGCUUGGGACACAAGCUGAGCCCAGGCCAGCCUGGCUGGGUCACAGUGACCAGCACUGAAUAAGGGGCCACUACCUGCCACUGGUGACCGGCUUCAGGGAGGAGUGGACAGGACUGUCUGGACGGUGCCUUGACAACAAUCAGUGUAAGACCCCGGGCGGGAGGAAGGGAACUGGAAGAGGUACCUGGAAAAAUGGGCGCCAGAAGGAAACACUGGAAGGAGAAUAUGUUUGCUCCUUUUUUUAAUGCAAAGGAUGUUCUAGAAGAGGCCUCCCAGACAGAAUCCUCCUCUGAACAAACAGUUGCAGAUAAGACCAGGGGGAUGAGAGGAAUUUAUCAUUUCUCCAGCAGAACGUGUCAAGAAAAAAAUAAAUUUAGAAGGAAAGAAUAUAUUUCUCAUCUAAAUGAAAGAGAACGAGAACCCAAUUUACGAGGGAGGGGGAUAAACACGUCCAAGAAGGAAGCAGACACAAAUUCCUCCUAUGACUCCUUCACUUUGGACGUUGUGAGUGAAGACAGCUUUAAGAGAACAGAAGACCCCUCGAGCAGGUGCAGAAAGGAGUCACCAACCCUCCCACAGCAAGGCACGAGGAAAAGCCUGACCAAAGGCAUGUCCCCGCAACUUCGCCUCAACCUUCUGAAUGAAGAACUGGCAGAACUCAACAUGAAAUGUAGAAAAAUAGAACAGGAAUUUGAAAAUGCUGAAAAAGAACUUUUGAACUCCAAAAAAGAGGCCUCCACAAAAUCCCUCCAUUUUCAAGAAACAGGGACAGAUACUUUGAAGAAAGACUGGGAACUUCGAGCUUUAAAGAAUGACCUAUCUGAAAAAACAACAAAUGUUAAAAACUUAACUGAAGAGCUCCAGCAGGCCAGAGAGGCCAUCCGCAAGCUGAGCCUAGAGAACAGAGGUCUGAAAGAAGCCGUGAGGAAGCUGGCGCGUCAGACUGAACUGGGAAACGCACUCCUGCAAGUAGACGUGAAGUCGUACUAUGAACUAGAAAUGGAGAAGAUUCGCAGUGAGCUUGAUGCCAUCAAGAGCGAGCUGAGAUCUGAGCAGAACCUGCAGGCGAGAAACACCGGCGCCCUGGAGCUGCUUCGGAAACGCCUGGCUGCAGUGCGACGCCCAUCAGGCUCCUCCGAGCACUCGGCUGGGGAAUUUUUUUAAACUUAGAAAAGCCUUUCAUCAGGCAAGUCAUUGAGUCAAAUCAAUGCUACUGUACUAUCUUUGGGUACCAACAAGUGUGUAAUAGAAAUAAUUUUCUCUUUUGGCGAAGCAGAGUAUCUAUAGAUCAUAUAGCUCUUAGCUUCAAAGUAUCUGCUUACUCUUUCCGAUGAAGUUAUUGCAAGACUCCACAUGCAAAUGAAGUUUCAGAAAUCAUAUAUAUAUUGUAUAUAUAUUUAACUCAGAACUACACAGGGAUUCGGCAGAGUGCUUAUGAAUACAAAUCAGUCGUUUUUGUGACCUUGCAAGCAAUAUGUUCUUGGCCCAUUAAUAUUCUCCCGUUUGAGUUCAUUGUGGUUCACGAUAAAAACCGUGCUCACGUGCAUAAGCAUAAAAAAGAAGUGAGCUAACCGCCGCCAUCAGGAGAUCUAUGACUCCAGCACUGGAGUCAUCUGCAUAGGUUUAAACCAUUAAACAACUUCCUGUUC